GGCAAGUCGGCGCCCCUAAGUGGCUCAGCGCGAACGAGGCUCCCGAGGAGACCGCGACGGCCCCCUGCGCUCUUCCGCCGCCGGCUGGAUGUACAUUGCCCUCCCGAGCCCAUCUUGGCACAGCCUGCGGGGCAGCAACACCAGCACCUCUCGACAUGGAAAUGCACUGAUUCCGCGGGCAAAAGAGACACUCGACUGCGUUCCGGGGUUCCAGGUGGCCUGCUCGGGGCGGUUCGUUCCCGACCUUCUUCCCGUGAUGGAGGAUUCAGGCAUCCAGCGAGGCAUCUGGGAUGGAGAUGCCAAGGCUGUCCAGCAAUGUCUGACAGAUAUUUUUACCAGUGUUUACACCACCUGCGACAUCCCUGAGAACGCCAUAUUUGGUCCCUGCAUCCUGAGCCAUACUUCCCUGUAUGACAGCAUAGCUUUCAUAGCUCUCAAGUCCACGGACAAGAGAACAGUCCCCUAUAUCUUCCGGGUAGACACCUCAGCGGCAAGUGGCUCUUCAGAAGGUCUCAUGUGGCUGCGACUUGUCCAAUCAGCCCGAGAUAAAGAAGAGCAGAACCUCGAGGCCUACAUAAAAAGCGGACAGCUGUUCUACCGUUCUCUCCGCAGGAUCGCCAAAGACGAGGAGUUACUAGUUUGGGUCGUCCCCGUACACAUGCCUGGAGUGCAGCCAGCGUUUCCAGUUCGAGUUCCCCUACGUGGCGCAUCUGCGCUUCCGCUGCCCCAAGAGACUGCACAGCGCGGACGCCAGCCCGCAGGACGAGCACGGCGGCGGCGCGGGCGCCAAGGACCGCGGGGGCGGGGGCGGCGGCAAGGACCAGCCGCAGCCGCCGCAGGAGGCGCCCCUCGGCGCCGGCCCCAAGUUCGGCAAAGCCGGCCCCGUGCACCACUACCCGGCCCCCUCCCCCGAGGGCAGCGGCCAGCCCGCGGCCGGCGGCGGCGCCAAGCCCUCCACGGACUUCCACAACCUGGCCCGGGAGCUCGAGAACUCAGGCGGCGGCCACACCUGCCCCCCGGGCCGGGGCCUCGGCAGCGGCCAGCAGGAGGCGGAGCUGAGCCCCGACGGCAGCGCCCCCGGCGGCGGCAAGGGCAAGCGGAAAUUCCCGGACGAGGCGGCGGAGGGCGGCGGCGGCGGCGGCGCGGGGCUGGCGGGGGCGCGGGGGCGCUUCGCCGAGCGGCCGCCGCCCGCCUCCAAGGAGGACCUGGUGUGCACGCCGCAGCAGUACCGCGCCGCGGGCAGCUACUUCGGCCUGGAGGACAGCGGCCGCCUGUUCGCGCCGCCCAGCCCCGAGACGGGCGAGGCGAAGCGCAGCGCCUUCGUGGAGGUGAAGAAGGCGGCGCGCGCGGCGGGUCUGCAGGAGGACGCGGCCGACGGGGGGGGCGCGGCCGCCGACGACCAGGACGCGGGGGGCGGCGGCGGCGGGGGCGGCGGCGGGGGCGGCGGCGGCCCCUCCACGCCCGUGGCCGCCUCUCCGGCGGGCGCCGACAAGCUGCUGGCCCCGCGGCCCGGGGGUCCCCUGCCCAGCCGGCUGGAGGGCGGCAGCCCGGCGCGGGGCAGCGCCUUCACGUCGGUGCCGCAGCUGGGCGGCGCGGGCGGCCCCGGCGCGGGCGGCGGCGCGGGCGCGGGGGCGGGGGGCGGCGGCGGCCAGGGGCCCGGGCCGGACGAGCGCAAGAGCGCCUUCUCGCAGCCCGCGCGCUCCUUCGCGCAGCUGUCGCCGCUCGUGCUGGGCCAGAAGCUGGGCGCGCUCGAGCCGUGCCACCCCGGCGACGGCGUGGGCCCCGCCAGGCUCUACCCCGCCGCCGCCGACCCGCUGGCCGUGAAGCUCCAGGGCGCCGCGGACCUGAACGGCGGCUGCGGGGCGCUGGCGGGCGGCGGCGGCGGCGGCGGCGGGGGCGGCCUGCCCAAGCAGAACCCCUUCCUCUACGCCACCGCCUUCUGGCCCAAGAGCUCGGCGGCCGCGGCGGCAGCGGCCGCGGCGGCCGCGGGGCCCCUGCAGCUGCAGCUGCCCUCGGCGCUCACGCUGCUGCCGCCGUCCUUCACGUCGCUGUGUCUGCCCGCGCAGAACUGGUGCGCCAAGUGCAACGCGUCCUUCCGCAUGACCUCCGACCUGGUGUACCACAUGCGCUCGCACCACAAGAAGGAGUACGCGAUGGAGCCCCUGGUGAAGCGGCGGCGGGAGGAGAAGCUCAAGUGCCCCAUCUGCAACGAGUCCUUCAGGGAGCGCCACCACCUCUCCAGGCACAUGACCUCGCACAACUGACCCGAGAGGACCCCGGCUCUCCACGCGCGCGCGCUCGCAGCCGAACCACCUGCGGGAAAAACACGCGAGGACACCCACCGCCUCCUUGUGACCUGGAACGCUGCACCCAGAGACCGAGCACACACACUCAAGCGUACACGGGCCGCCCCAACCUUUCCAUUACAUGUUUACCUGCGACCUACAUUCCACGCGCACGCACACACAAGACAGGAUGGUGGAUUUUUGAUUGGGUGGGUUGUUCGAGGGGUUUUCUGUUGAAUGCACGCAUUUUCACUUUCCAAAAACAAAGGUACAUUUUUAAAAAUGUCAUAUAUUGCAACAUAUUGAUGCAUUUGUCAUACGUUUCUACUUAAAUUAUUAAGCACUUACGGUUUAGAUGUAAUAAUUAUAUGUAAGGGCAAAAUUUAUUUUGGAUAUAAAGUAAAGGAGGAGGGUGAGAUGCUUUCUGCAUUUCUUGAUGACAGUUUGUGUUCUUACAAAAAUAAAUAAAAAGAAAAAGGGGUCACCAUUCAAUUUCAGUUUCCAGGGGGAAGUGCAUGGAUCAUGAAAUGAUUAUGGACUUCAAUGAAGAAUGUCAUCAUUAUGUAAAUAUGUAUUUGGUUUUAAUACAAAGUGUAAUUUUGUGCCAGUGAAAUGGAGUCUGAAUAGUUAUGUGUUUCUUUUAUCCCUGGAAAGAUUUAUUAAACUUUAUAGAUUAUCCAGGUAUGUUGGAUGCUUUGACAAUAAAUGACUAUUUUCUUCA